AUGGCAGGCCUCUUGGACAGCUCGAGCGGUCUGUGGACCGUGCUCGGGCAGGCCUCGAACGUGGCGCAGCUGGUCGGCGUGGACGCGCUCGGGCUGGUGUCCAUGGUCGUGCAGGCCGCGUUGGCGGCGCGCCGCCACCGCGACGCGUGCCGCCGGCUGGCGCAGCACGUGGAGGUCGUCGGCGGCCUGCUGCAGGAGCUGGAGCUCGCCGAGCUGAUGCGGCGGGAGGCCACGCGGCGGCCGCUCGAGCAGCUCCAGGGCGCACUGCGGCGGUGCUACGCGCUCGUCACGGCGUGCCAGGACUGCGGGUACCUCCGCAGCCUGUUCCUCGGCGCCCGGAUGGCUGACGAGCUCCGCGCUGCGGAGAAGGAGAUCGACAUGUUCAUCCGCUUAGUCCCACUCGUCGCCCUCGUCGACAGUACGCAUGAUCGCAAUGCCAAGCAGACUGCCGAGGGAGUACCAGGUCUAAUCACGAAUGGUUCAAACCAUCAUGUCAGGCUUCCAAGAAGUGUUUCGGACUUCACCAAAAUACACAUUCAAGGAGCUACACAAGUUUGCAGUGUUGCAAAACAACCAUUAGCAGGAGCACUGGACUUAAGAGAACAGAAAAGUCUGGACAUUGAGGAACUGUUGGAGCUUUGCAUCCGUACUCAAGAGAGUUGCUCAGGAUUCAGAAGGUUUGAAUUCUUCCAGAUUAUUGAUGCUACAGACAAUUUCUCAGAAAGUAGAAAAGUCGGGUGGGGUGGUUUUGCUACAGUUUACAAGGGCCAGUUGACCAAUGGAAUCAUGGUUGCCAUCAAAAGAUUAGAUGAACAUGCAACAGUAUUUGAUUUCAAUAGUGAAUUGCAGCUUGCGAGUCUUCAACAUAUCAAUCUUGUUAGGUUACUAGGGUGGUGCGUACAUGGAAAAGAAAGGCUUCUGGUGUAUGAGUUCAUACAGAAUGGUAGCUUGGACCGUAUCAUCUUUGAUAAAACAAAGGGGGCAUUGCUAAAUUGGUAUAAGCGGCUGCGGAUUAUUAAAGGGUUAGCUGAGGGGCUUCUUUACAUGCACAAGCACUCACUUUUAUGGAUCAUACAUGGAGACUUGAAGCCAAAUAAUGUCCUCUUAGAUCAAGACAUGAACCCAAAGAUAGCUGAUUUUGGAUCAGCUAGAACGCUAAGUUCAGAUAUAGCAGAAGGCCGUACAAUUAGGAUUGUGGGAACCCGUGGUUACAUAGCUCCAGAGUAUGCAUCUCGUGGCCUUUAUUCAGUGAAGAUAGACAUAUUUGGCUUUGGGGUGUUGGUUCUUGUGAUCAUUAGUGGGCGAAAGAACACCAUACUCGAGGAGCAAGGAGACACUGUUGGCAACCUCGUACGAUAUGCAUGGCAACUAUGGAACGAUGGAAGGCUACAUGAACUGGUUGACCCAUUGUUGAGCGAGAGAUAUGAAAUUGCGGAGGUAGUGAGAUGUGCUCAGGUGGCACUCCUGUGUGCUCAGGAAGAUCCAGCAGACCGCCCCACCAUGUCAGAUAUAGUCGCACUCAUGAACUUUGAAAGCACAAGUUUAUUACCGAAUCCUAAACCACCAUCUAAGCUGAUUAACAGUGGUGCUACGGAUGACAAAGUAUCCACAUAUUUUGGUGAUCAAUCAAGCAGGACAAUAGACAUAACUAUCACGAGUUCAGCUCCCGCUUCAACUAGACUCCGUAUUAUUGUAGACCGAGAGACCUAA